GGAGGAGGAGGAGGCGGCGGCGAGAAGAUGGCGACUUCGAACAAUCCGCGGAAAUUUAGCGAGAAGAUCGCACUGCACAACCAGAAGCAAGCGGAGGAGACGGCGGCCUUCGAGGAGGUCAUGAAGGACCUGAGCCUGACGCGGGCCGCACGGCUUCAACUGCAGAAGUCCCAGUACCUGCAGCUGGGCCCCAGCCGCGGCCAGUACUAUGGCGGGUCCCUGCCCAACGUGAACCAGAUUGGAAGUGGCAGCAUGGAUCUCUCCUUCCAGACACCAUUUCAGUCCUCAGGCCUGGACACGAGUCGGACUACACGACAUCAUGGGCUUGUGGACAGAGUGUAUCGUGAGCGGGGUAGACUUGGCUCCCCGCACCGCCGACCCUUGUCAGUUGACAAGCAUGGGCGACAGGCCGACAGCUGCCCCUACAGCACUGUGUACCUCUCGCCUCCUGCGGACACCAGCUGGCGGAGGACCAACUCUGACUCCGCCCUGCACCAGAGCACAAUGACACCCACCCAGGCAGAAUCCUUCACAGGCGGGUCCCAGGAUGCACACCAGAAGAGAGUCUUGCUGCUCACCGUCCCAGGCAUGGAGGAGACCAGGUCCGAGACGGACAAGACCCUUUCUAAGCAGUCAUGGGACUCAAAGAAGACGGGUUCCAGGCCCAAGUCCUGCGAGGUUCCCGGAAUCAACAUCUUCCCAUCUGCAGAGCAGGAGAGCACGUCAGCCCUGAUCCCCGCUAACCACAACACAGGGGGCUCCCUUCCUGACCUCACCAACACCCAUUUUCCCUCCCCACUCCCGACGCCGCUGGACCCCGAGGAGCCUGCAUUUCCUGCUCUCACCAGCUCUAGCAGCACCGGCAGCCUCGCACAUCUGGGCGUCAGCGGCGCUGGUCAGGGUAUGAACGCCCCCAGCUCUUCUCCACAGCGCCGGCCAGCAGUCAUCAGCCCCCUGUCCCUGAGCACAGAGGCCCAGCAGGUGUCACCCACCCUGUCCCCGCUGUCACCCAUCACUCAGGCCGUGGCCAUGGAUGCUCUGUCCCUGGAGCAGCAGCUGCCCUAUGCCUUCUUCACCCAGGCUGGCUCCCAGCAGCCUCCCCCACAGCCCCAGCCACCGCCUCCGCCUCCGCCUGUGUCCCAGCAGCAGCCACCGCCCCCACAGGUGUCCGUGGGCCUCCCCCAGGGUGGUCCACUGCUGCCCAGUGCCAGCCUGACACGGGGGCCCCAGCUGCCACCGCUCUCGGUCACUGUACCGUCCACCCUUCCCCAGUCUUCUGCAGAGAACCCCGGCCAGCCACCAAUGGGGAUCGACGCCACCUCGGCUGCGGCUCUGCAGUACCGUACAAGUGCGGGUUCACCGGCCAACCAGUCUCCCACCUCUCCAGUCUCCAAUCAAGGCUUCUCCCCUGGAAGUUCCCCGCAACACACGUCCACCCUGGGCAGCGUGUUUGGGGAUGCGUACUAUGAGCAGCAGAUGACAGCCAGGCAGGCCAAUGCUCUGUCCCGCCAGCUGGAGCAGUUCAACAUGAUGGAGAACGCCAUCAGCUCCAGCAGCCUGUACAGCCCGGGCUCCACACUCAACUAUUCCCAGGCUGCCAUGAUGGGCCUGAGCGGGAGCCACGGAGGCCUGCAGGACCCGCAGCAGCUCAGCUACACAGGCCAUGGCGGAAUCCCCAACAUCAUCCUCACGGUGACAGGAGAGUCCCCCCCCAGCCUCUCUAAGGAACUGAGCAGCACACUGGCAGGGGUCAGUGACGUUAGCUUUGACACGGACCAUCAGUUCCCACUGGACGAACUGAAGAUCGACCCUCUGACCCUGGAUGGACUUCAUAUGUUGAAUGACCCCGACAUGGUCCUAGCUGACCCUGCCACCGAGGACACCUUCCGAAUGGACCGCCUGUGAGUGGCCAUGCCUGCCACCCGCCGCUGGUCAGUCCCCGACGGCGCCGUUCCAAGCCUGGGCACGGCAGUGUUCCGUCCUCCUUUGCCCACGGCCAAGCUUGUGGUUCUGAGCUUGCAGUGCUGCCCAGCACCCCCUGCCAGCCGCUACCCUGGUUGUUCACCUCCCAUGAAGCCUGGCACGAGGCCACUGUGUACCAGGCCGGCUAUCUGUCCGUCCAUUCGUCCACCUGGGGCCAGGCUGAUCACAGAGGCCACGAGUGCCUGGCCCCCCUGGACUUUGCCCACGCUCGCUCCCUGGCCCCUCGCCGGGGAUGUGAGAGCCCUCAUCAGUGGUCCACUUCCAAGAUACCAAGUGUCGCUCACUCCCAGAUGCGCUGCAGGAGAGGGCCUGGGGCGUGAGCGUGGGAGCACCCCAGAGGCUGAGGUGCGCGUGCAUCCGACUGUUCUCAGCUGUCACUGCCUUCCUUUAUCCCUGCCCCUCCUACCGUCACCCCCAGCCCUGGUCAGGUCACGCAUGCCCACCGUGCCCAGGCUAAGACAGCAGAGCAAAGGGACAGACCCGGAGCAGAAUAAACACUAUUUGGAUGGCUGCCUUUUAUAUUCCUGAGCGCUCUCAGAGCGUGACAAUCGACCUAUGGCCGAAUGUGGUGUGGACAGAGCCCAGGGAAGCAGCCGGUGCCCCCUCUCUCAAGCACCCUUGGCCCACUGCCAGGCAAUGCCCAAUAUGGCGGUACAGGACAGAUGGAGGGUCACAGGUCACCUGCCCGUUUUCCUCCUUCCCAGCCCCAUGAUUGGUCCCUACUAUUACUUAGGAUCUGGGGCUCGGGAAGCAGCAGCCCUGUGGGUUUGCUUUUCCUUGAGUUUGUAUUGGCAUUUGGUGGCUGACCCUCCCGCCUCUCUGGCCCGGAAGCAUGUUAGCCCCAGUCCCACCUUGGCCUUUUUUUAAAGCUAACUGGAACUGUAGCCUGAAGCACUUACAAGCCGGGCUGCCUGGCUGCAUGCCCAGACGUCACCCACCUGCACUUAGUCUCAGCUCCAAAGAGCUGUCUAGGCAAGGAGGAGACCGGGUGCAAGGUCCUGGUGACUGGACGUGUCUGGAAGAGCUGUAGAACUGACUUCUAGGAACAGGCCUUGGCUUUCAGUGGGGGCCUCUGGAGAACCCACUCCCUCUGAGCAUCCCCAAGGUGCCAGCCAGGCCUCAGCAGGUGGCUGGUGGCCAUGUCUCUAUGCUAAGACUCCCUGUGGUGGGGCCGUGGACCUGGCUUGUCUUUUGUGGGCCACUUUCGGCCUGGAAGCUCUGAUCCCCACCACCCUAAGCCACAGCUUGACACGGUCACAUGCCUCGGUCUGCCAGGGCCGCACCUUUUGCUUGACUGUUUCUCAGUGAUGUUGCCCGCUGCCUGUGCUGGGGGCUUGGGGAGUACGGGAACUCCGUGUCCCUCCCCAAGCCACAAUGUGGCUGCCUGCAUGAGAAAGCUGCUGCCCUUCCAUCACCGGGCCCCUCUGUCCCCCUGGACUUGGGGAUAUAGCAUUGAUCUGUCUAGGUCUCAGGCCUUUCUGUCACUGUGGUGUGGGCUUGGAGGGAAUAGUACGGACAUCACCACCACCAUCAUCAUCAUCAUUAGGAAACAUGCAUGGUAGUACACAUCUGUCACCCCAGCACCUGAGAGGUGGAGGCUUGCCUGGGCUACAUGAGACCCUGUCUAAAAAAACCAAAACAGAAGUACACAUGCUUGGAGUCUGAUUCUCUCCAAGUUGUAGAAGCCUGAACAGCUGGCCUUAGCAAGACAGAGAACCUGCUUCUCAGGCAAGGCCCCUGCUUCCAGUAACUGGUCACUGGCCUUCCAAGUUUUCAGUGAGCUGGGGCAGAAGGGACAUGGCCCCAUGACCCUCCCAAGCUUGUGGCCCAGUUUUCAAUGCCCUGCAGGAGGGCAUGUAGCUGUUUUGAUGUGACUCAGUUCAUUGCCAAGUUCCAUGAUGAGGUGAUGGGGCCCCUGCCACAGCAUCCCAGGCAGGUGUGGGGAUCUCACUAGUCCUCAUAGGCCAGCCAGGGGCCAGGGGUCAGGUGCUGGGGGGUGAUCUUUGUUUUCUAGAUGUCAGUCACCUGCCUAGUAUUUCCAAGACAUCCCAAGAUGACAGCUCAAGGCCAUGGGGACCCCCGGCUGGUGACACGCACAUACUAUGACCCAUUAGGCUGUGCUGGGAGCAACCACCCUGGAGUCCCUGCAACAUGUACAUAGACCCUCUGCCCACAUCCAUGCUUUCUGAGGACAGGUUUGGACGACUGACCCUUGAGAGGUCAGAUUUGUGAGCCAAGCCUGGCCCUUCUCCCCUAACCCAUGUGCCGCUGUCCUUGGCCGGGCCUCAGUCUUGCGGCUUUCUGACCCAUUUUCCCGGUUCAGAAACGAGCGGGGCAUCUUGAUAGCCCUGUGCGCAGAUGUCUGUUUACCUUGCCCUUUUAAGCCCCCUGGGGCAGUGGUUACCCACCCAAAGGCCUCCAGACUGAGGAUGCAGCUGGACCCAGCCCCUCUCUGUGUCCUAAGAAAUGGCCCUGUCGUGUUUCUUUGCAGCUGUCCGGUGGCUGUUCCGUGCCGGGGAGGAUUCUAAAGUUGAUUGCAUACUUAGCCUAACUUCAGCUCUUUGGAAGACUCUUACACAGGGGGGCCCCCUAGCGAGACCCACAUGCCACCACACAGCGUGCAGGGAUGGCUGGCAGCUGUCACACUAAGCCUGGCGUCAGAAUCACAGCCCUGGCACUCAGGACAAGAACAGGCGAAGGUGUGGGGUGGGCACCCUGUGCCGGCGCUGGCCACUGUCCUUGUCACAGUGGGCUUGGAGUUGGUUCACUGCAUCCUGAGUUUUCCACUUUCCCUAAGAUUUCCGUGCCCAGUAGAGCCGCAGGUGGAGGGGCUGGUGGGAUCAGGUCCUGAUGGAGCCAUGUGGCAUGGCAUGGGGUCAGGCCAGUGGUGUGGUUGUGCCCUAGGCCUGGCUCUUGUCCCUUGAGGUGUCCAGGUGAGGACACCAUGGUGCAGAGUCUACCCUGUGUGGUCUUGAUUGCUGGAGGGAGAUGUAGUCUUUCACAGACCCCAAGGCCUGCCCAAGUGUGGUGGUACCUGUCCUUUUUAUACCCCUUUCUCCUUGGCUCCUGGGGUCCCCACUUCCUUCAGGGAUCUCCUGGUGGGUGACUUGGAGACCCUGAUCAUUCCUGUCUCAGGCAUUGCCCUCAGUGUGGCACAAAUGCUCACCACCCCAUUGGUCACAGCCACAUCUCCCCAUCAGGGCAGAAGAUGGAGGGACCUGUACCCUCUCAAGCCUGGGUGCUGGGGUACUCUCAAGGGCAAGGGGUCCCCUGAACCUCAGUUUCCCUUCCAUUGCUUUCUCAACCUUGCUGGGCUCAGGGGCCCAAACCUUCUGGGCAGGGUGCGGACAAUGCCAGGGCCCCAUGAUGGUACCAGCUGCACCUUCUGCACACAGCCUUUCCCUGGGGCUCCAGAGUCUCAGCGUGACCGUGGUCCAGCCUAAUCCACCCCCGCUGGCUGAACAGUUCUGAUCACAUGGGGGACGUGAGGACAAAGCUGUGACCUUAAGUCCAGAGGCCAGCUUUGGUCCUCAGGCCCCAUCUCACCCCUUAGCAGGAAACAGAACGCCAUGGGCUGGGCAGCCCCUCUGAUAUAUGCAAAUGGCUGGUCCCACAUCCCUCCCUGUGCCAAGCUGGCUCUGCCCCCAGCAUGUGCACUCCGCUGCUGUGGAUGUCCGUGGACUGUUCACGUGGACUGUUCACGUGGACUCCGCAGUUGGGGGUCAGGUUGCUCAGGGCACGCACGGCCGCCCGCCCCACCUUCUGGCGCAGACGCUUCUUUGUAUUUUUGCGCCCUUUGUAAUGAAAUGUAAUAAACCCAAUGUUUUCGUC